UUUUAGUAAUUAUUCAAAAUUUCAAAUUUCCAACCUCAGUUUACUCUACACAUUACUGCCUAAUACAAUCUUAUCUUCAUCUGCAUCGAUUUGUAGACCUUGAUAUCGAUAUCAAACUGAUUGCCUUUGUUUUGUGAUAGCUGCAAUGUCAAAAGAUGAUGACGAAUCGUGGCGCCUAUUUACCUCGGAAGACAUGAUCCAAGGUUAUAAACCAAAGAGUGUGAGGAAACGUAAGAAAUAUUCCGAGAAGGAGAAUGUUUCAGGAAAUUCGGCUAAUCGUUUUACUUAUCCUCUGUCUCCUUUGUCAGUUAACAGACAUGAUGCAACACUUCCAACAUUACCAAGUCCUUUGACUUUAAAUUCAUCAACUUUAAGUUCAGGACAUGGAGGUCUUCGGAAGAGGGCUGCGUUUAAAAAGACACCGGAGAAUACAUUGAACAGCACGAGGAGUCCGCUGUGUAACAUAACUAACAUAAUGGAAACCAAUCCAACAAGGCCAAGUCCUCUGACUUUAAAUUCUGUGAGUUUAAGUGCAGGACAUGGAGAUCUUCAUAAUAGAAGUGAUUUUACGAAGACACCGGAUAAUAAAUUCAACAGCACAAGAACCCCGCUGUCUAACAUAACUAACAUUGUGGAUAAUGAUAGGCCAAAAAUUACACGGUCAUAUCGAGGAAGAAACCUUUUUGCUGAAGCCUCUUCACAGAGUCUACACAAUAGCAAAUAUCUCCGUGACGAUGACAUAGAGUGUUCGGUAGUACAAGAUCCAGUUCUUUCUGAUGAUUCUGAUGGUGAUCAUAUAAGUGGUGCCUCAAGCACUGAUGAAGACUAUAUACCUGGCAUGGAUAUAGAUUCUGAUACUGAUUCUGAACAGGUCACCACUGCAUUUAAAAACAGAAUUGUACCAAAGGAAUAUGUCAGCCUUGGUAGUCCCGAGUCUAUAUGUUCUAAAUGCAAUGCACGCAUGUGGAAAGAGGAACGCGUUAAUAAGCAAGUCACAAAAGGACUCCCAAUUUUCAGUAUAUGUUGCAGGAAGGGUGAUGUUAAGCUUCAACCGGCUCCUCGAACACCGGCAUACUUACUGCAACUAUAUAACAACAAAGAGUCAAGUCCUCAUUUCCAGCGCAGCAUACGCCUGUACAAUGCAAUGUUUGCAUUUACAUCUACCGGCGGAAACGUGGACCACUCUAUCAAUAAUGGCAGAGGGCCUUAUGUGUAUAGACUUAAUGGUCAGAACCACCAUGUCUUCGGACAGUUGAUACCUGAUGAUGGCCAUGAGCCGAAGUAUUGUCAACUCUACAUUUAUGACACUGCAAAUGAAGUCAACAAUCGCCUUCGCUGGGUAAAUGUAGAGGAUCAGAAAACUGUUGACAAAGAUGUUGUUGAAGGUCUUAUACAGAUGUUGGAUCAGUCAAAUGAAUUGGUUGCCAAGUUCCGUAUGGCACGAGAUCGGUUCGAGAAUCAUGACUUUGUUGAUUUGAAGGUAGAGUUGAAAAUAUGCAGAUCACAAAGUGGUAGAGAGAACCAUAUAUCAUCUUCUGACGAGGUUGCCGGAAUAAUGGUUGGCACAACUGAUAAUACCACUCCUGAUCGUGAUAUUAUAGUUGAAAAGAAGUUAGGUGGAUUGCAGAGAAUAUCAUAUAUUCAUCCAAAGCUUAUGGCGCUACAAUAUCCUCUGCUUUUUCCAGAUGGUGAGGACGGUUACCACAACAGAAUUCCUUUUCAAAGUGCAGAGAAAGGUUCUAACAAAGAAAAAGAUAUGAUCUCCAUGAAGGACUAUUACUCCUACAAAUUCCAAGUUAGAGAGAAUGAAGGCAUGACUCCAAGGUUAGGAGGAAGACUUUAUCAGCAAUACAUGGUGGACGCUUUUUCCACCAUUGAGCAGACUCGGUUAUGGUGGUUUCGUACUCACCAAACCAUACUCCGGAAUGAACUAUACACGCACAUUUCUGAUUCUGUUAGGAAAGGAGAUGCGAAUGCCACCAACGUCGGUAAAGGCAUAAUACUCCCAGCUGGAUAUGUUGGCUCCAAAAGGUAUAUGCAACAGAAUUUCCAGGAUGCAUUGGCUGUUUGUCGUCAUGUUGGCCAUCCUGAUGUUUUUUUGACGAUGACAUGUAAUUCCAUGUGGGAUGAAAUUCAAAGGAUGAUGAAUUUUGUGCCCGGAUGCAUUCCUGCUAACUGUCCGGAUAUAAUAUCUCGGGUUUUCCGAUUGAAAUUGGAACAGUUAACUAAUGAUAUUAAGAAGAAAGGUCACUUUGGGAAAUGUAUUGGAGUGAUGUAUGUUGUCGAGUUUCAAAAAAGAGGACUGCCCCAUGUACAUAUGUUAAUCUGGCUUGAUGCACCAUCAAAAAAGUAUCUCAAGGAAAAUGUCGACAAGUUCGUUUCAGCUGAAAUUCCAGAUCCUUUGAUUGAUCCUGAAGGUUGUGCAGCAGUCAAGGCGUAUAUGAUGCAUGGUCCAUGUGGAUUGCAAAAUCCAAAAUCUCCUUGCAUGAAGAAUUUCAAAUGUAUACGCCACUUUCCCAAAAAGUACAGCUCACAGACUGUGUUUGAUGACAGUGGCUUCCCACUUUAUAUGCGGCGCAAAUCAAACAUCAGUGUUAAUGUUGGCAAGGCUGAUCUUGACAAUCGAUGGGUUGUCCCAUAUAACCGCGAGCUUUUGGUAAAAUACCAAUGUCAUAUGAACAUUGAGAUAUGCUGCCAUGCACGUAGUAUAAAAUAUCUAUUCAAAUAUUGCCUCAAAGGUCACGACACUGCCACAGUCGAAAUCACUGGACGUCGCAAGAAAAAGCAAACUGAUGGUGCUGACCAGCCUGUUGAUGAAAUUCAAGCAUAUUUUGAUGGUAGAUAUGUAUGCGGCGCUGAAGCAGCAUAUCGAAUUUUUGGAUUUCCAAUACAUUAUAGGUCUCUGUCUGUUGAGCGCCUCCCAUUUCAUUUGCCCGGUCAGAAAAGCUGCACCUUUCGUGCAACUGAAAAGCUUGAGAAAGUGCUAGAGCGUGAAAAUGAAAGGCUUAGCAAGCUGGAAGCUUUUUUCUUGCUGAACAAGUUUGAUUUGAAGGCACGUUCUUACACAUAUGAUGAAAUCCCACAGCAUUAUGUGUGGAACGAUUUGGCGAGAAGGUGGACUAUUAGGAAAAGAGGAACUCAGAUUGGGCGUCUGUCUUACACUCAUCAUAGCAGUGGGGAAGUGUGGUACUUGCGCAUGCUAUUGACAAAAGUUCGAGGUCCGACAUCAUUCGAAGACAUUAGAACUGUCAAUGGUGUACUCUGUCAGACAUUUCGGGAUGCAUGUAAAGAAUACGGAUUGCUCGAUGAUGACAAAGAAUGGCAUGAUGUUUUAGACCAAUGUUCUGUUGGUGGAUUGCCUCCGCAAAUACGCCAACUGUUUGUACACAUUAUUGUUAAUUGCAAAGUGACUGAUUUGGCGUCUUUGUGGGAUAAACAUUGGAAGCAGAUGGUAGAUGACAUUCUUUUGAAGCGAAGAUUACUAAGUGAAAAUCAGAAUCUCAUUCUUAAUGAUAAGCAGCUCCAGUUCUACGCCCUUGCAGAAAUUGAUGACCUGCUGCGUGCAAUUGGCAAAAGUUUGAAGAAUUUUUCCCAACUGCCACAACCACCUCUAAGUUACCUGCAUCACGGAACUAAUAACUUGAUAAUUGAAGAGACAAGCUACAACCUCUCAGAGAUGAAAUGUCAACACGAUAGUCUAAUUGCACAGUGCAACGAAGAACAAAUUAGUGUUUAUAAAGCUGUCUUAUCUUCAAUUGAGUCCAAUCAAGGUGGAUUAUUCUUUGUGUAUGGCAGCGGUGGCUGUGGAAAAACCUUUCUAUGGAGAACACUAAUAGCUAAACUACGAUCUGCUGGUGACAUUGUUCUUCCAGUGGCCUCAUCUGGCAUUGCUGCUACACUCAUGCCUGGUGGUCGUACCGCGCACUCGCGCUUCAAAAUUCCCAUAGUGCUUGAUGACUAUUCGCUAUGCAACAUUGGCCAUAAUUCGGACAUUGCUGAGCUUAUUAAGCAGACCAAGCUAAUAAUAUGGGAUGAAGCACCCAUGCAACAUAGGUACGCUUUUGAAUGUUUGGACAGGUCGUUGAAGGAUAUAAUGAAAUCAGUUGAUCCUGCGCGUGCUCUUUUGCCAUUUGGUGGUAUAACUGUUGUUCUAGGCGGUGAUUUUAGGCAGAUACUACCUGUCAUUUCCCAAGGAGAUCGAGCUGAGAUAGUUUCAGCAUGUAUCACAAGAUCACGUCUGUGGUCAAUUUGCAAGAUUUUUCUCCUGACCAAAAAUAUGCGUCUUAAUGAAGGAAAAUCUGAGAAAGAAGUCGAGGAACUCCUGCAGUUUGCCAAGUGGGUUCUCGAUGCAGGUGAUGGAAAGUUGGAGGCUCCCGACAAGGAAUUAUUUCCAUCUGCCAAAGAAGACGACAUAUUGAUUCCACCUCAAUUCUGUGCAAAAGAACAGGAAAACUCUGUUGACAAUAUGAUUGCAAGCACUUUUCCUAAUUUUGUUGAAAAAUGCAAAGAUGCCAAAUAUUUGAGUGAGCGAGCCAUUCUAACUCCUACAAAUCAAACUGUAAGUAAUCUUAACUCUGCCAUAGUUCAGAAUUUGCCAGGUGAGUCAUUUUCAUAUUACAGUGUAGAUAGUGCUGAGGAUUUUGGUGGAACCGAAGAUGAUUUAAACUCGGCUUUCCCAAUUGAAUAUCUCAAUUCAAUGAAUGUUCCUGGAAUGCCACCACAUGAUCUUAAAUUGAAAGUGGGAGUCGUUGUCAUGUUGAUGAGAAACUUGAACCAAACGUUAGGUCUGUGUAACGGCACACGGAUGAUCAUUACCAAAUGUCUGAAGUUUUGCGUUGAGUGUGAAGUUAUAUGUGGUUCUUUCAUUGGAACACGUCAUUUUAUCCCGCGGAUGGAGUUGUGUCCAAGCGAUACUAGGCUGCCUUACAAGCUGAUUCGUAAACAAAUGCCACUGCAAAUAUGCUACGCCAUGACUAUUAAUAAAUCCCAAGGUCAGUCACUUUUACAAGUUGGAUUAUAUCUGCCUAAAGGCGUAUUUACGCAUGGUCAGUACUAUGUGGCAAUUAGUAGAGUAACCUCUCCUCAAGGACUAAGAAUUUUCAUCGACGAUGAGAGUGGCCAGCCUACUAAUAUAACUGCUAAUGUUGUGUACAAAGAGGUUUUCUACGCCUUGCCAAAGACCUAGAGAAAAUCUGUUAAGUAUGCGUUUGUUGUGUCCAGUGUUUUUGGUAUUUGAUUAAUCUUUGUUUUUGAGGACCAAUAUGAUUCUGUUAUUCUGUUGACAAUGUUGUUUUGGUUACUAAGAACAAUGUAAAGUUACGCCUA